GAGGGUCCUAAUAGUCUGAUUAAUGAAGAAGAAUUCUUUGAUGCUGUUGAAGCUGCUCUCGAUAGACAGGAUAAAAUGGAAGAACAGUCCCAAAGUGAAAAGGUCAGAUUAUACUGGCCAAUAUCCUUACCUUCUGGAGAUGCAUAUUCUGCUGUGGGUACUCAUAGAUUUGUCCAAAAGCCCUAUAGUCGCUCUUCCUCCAUGUCUUCCAUUGAUCUAGUCAGUGCCUUUGAUGUUCACAGAUUCAGCACCCAGGUGGAAGAAAUGGUACAAAACCAUAUGACAUAUUCCUUGCAAGAUGUAGGAGGAGAUGCCAAUUGGCAGUUAGUGGUAGAAGAAGGAGAAAUGAAGGUGUACAGAAGAGAGGUGGAAGAGAAUGGAAUAGUUUUAGAUCCUUUGAAAGCAACGCAUGCUGUUAAAGGGGUAACAGGGCAUGAAGUUUGCCACUACUUCUGGAAUGUCGAUGUUCGUAAUGACUGGGAAACAACAAUUGAAAAUUUCCAUGUUGUGGAAAAUUUAGCUGAUAAUGCCAUCAUUGUUUACCAGAUGCAUAAGAGAGUGUGGCCGGCUUCUCAAAGGGAUGUGCUGUAUUUGUCUGCCAUCAGAAAGAUACCAGCAUUCAGUGAAAAUGAUCCUGAAACAUGGAUUGUUUGCAAUUUCUCUGUGGAACAUGACAAUGCUCCUCUGAACAAUCGCUGUGUCCGUGCCAAAAUAAAUAUUGCUAUGAUUUGUCAGACUUUAGUAAGCCCGCCAGAGGGGAACAAGGAAAUAAGCAGGGACAAUAUCCUAUGCAAGAUUACAUAUGUAGCUAACGUGAACCCAGGAGGAUGGGCACCAGCAUCAGUGUUACGGGCAGUGGCAAAACGAGAAUAUCCAAAAUUCUUAAAGCGUUUUACAUCAUAUGUGCAAGAGAAAACAGCAGGAAAGCCUAUUUUAUUCUAA